AUGGCUACGUUUGUCCCCUAUUUGAUUGCGCUCUACUGCUUGAGUUUAGUCCACGCUCAGUCACAGUUGUUUAUCGAAAUCGACAGGGAUCCGAGUUUCGCGGUAGAGGACGACCUUCAACUGCCCAGAAAUACUGCUGAAUGCCCUGUUAAUCUAUCUCCUUCAUGCAGUGAAUACAACGCUCAGUUGGGCGGAGGUUGUUGGUGUAAAUGUAGCAGACCCAGAGGGGAAAAAUACACUUUCUUUGAACCGACCAAUUCUUGCAUGAAGGUCCGCUUGGCUCGUCAGAGAUGAGGUAACUUGGUUUCAUUUGGUUCGCUAAGGUACAUUACGUUUUAAUCAAUUUCUUCUCUUUAAUUUAAGUUACAAAGUUUGCAAAAUAUCAACUAUCCGACUGUCCUAGGUGACAAUUAAUCAAAGGUCAAAAGGAGGAUCGACUUAGCUAGUAUUCAAUUUGGUUUUGUUAAUCAACCAGAGCGUAUGUUUCGCAGAGUCAAUUUCUGGAAUCGUGAAAUCCGUCAAUUACUACAAAGGCAAGCAAAUAUAUUUCCUUUUAAGUUAACUUGCUAGCUGUAUUGUAGAAAAUGAUUGUGUGGAAUGGAUUUUAGUGAUGGUAGAGCUAUUGUGUCAAAAUUUUGCCCUUUACAUUUAAGUUGCUAUUGCUCUGCCAAGCAUGCAGCAGUCAAGUGAAAUUUAAAAUAUAUAGACCAAAUUUAGGUUUAACUUUUCUAUCAAACGCAUGACAAUCUUCAGUCACCGGGUAGUGUUAUUGAAAUUCUCUAGGAGCUCCCUUGCCAUUUUGUCCGCUGAUUUGCUUAAAUUACACCAUAACAUGCUUUAGAAAAUCCAUUGAUUGUUGUCACCUGUAUAAAUUUUACAAACGAAAAAGUAAAUUAAAAUCUUCUUUGAUUACUUAUUUGAAAGGUAAUUUUUCAUCAGGAAAAACGUAUUAUAGCAAUAUCUCAAUUUUUCUUGAAAUGAUCAAGGAAUACAAAGAACGACAAAUUUUGCUUCCUAUGUCCCUGUUAAACUCGUGUCACUCACUAUCCAAGGACUUUGUUGUUAUACAGCUGUACACCAAGGAUCGAGAAAAGUUAUAUCAUAACUCUUUUCUCUCUGAUCUAAAAUAUUUCAAUAUUUGAGACUUUUUAUUAAAAUAUGCAUACUUUAAAAAGUAUAACAUAUUCCUCGAUUACUUUGAAAAUUAUAUAUAGACAUUUUUUUAUUUCGCUUUUAAUUUUAAAAACCAUUAUGACGAAGAAAGUUGCGUGGGCAAGUUUUAGUACUGUUAUAGGCUUACUAGGUUCGCGAUUUUUAGUUCAAUCAAUUUAAUUAUUUUAUUCUAAUUGAGAUAUUGAAGCAUUGAUGCUGUACAGAAGCUAAUCGUUGUAAGCCCUGUGUGGUGUACGAGCUUUUUGCUUUUAAAAGCAAGUUUGCAUCUUUGUGCGCAAUCUUCCUUCCUCAUGUUGGUCUUUUCUAAUUAUACGUCAAGACAGAGAUCGUUUUUGUGUGGAGCAAUCCGACAAUAAUGUUGAUGAUGAUGAUGACAAGAUGGUGAUUAUGAUUAGCCCUGUUACGUGAACAAUGGCAUGGUACCCUGAAUCAAAUAGAACAAAUAAAUUGUUUUCAGAAUUUACAGGAACUAAUGUUAUAUUUUUAGCUCUGUGUUUGCGAACAACCUUUUAUCACUUUUUUUAUAGUAAUGGUUGGCAAUAAUGGUUAUGAUGUACGCGUCUGCUUUUUACGGCGAAUAUUGUAUGGUAUUGAUGGAUGAAAUACUUUGUUGCCAUAAAUCUUGUCAUAAAUAUCUUAAUGAAGGGGGGAAUUUGUACACACGGUGAUAAUUGUGCAAGAAAAGCGCUUAUUCUAAACUUUUAUUCACAAAACAAUUAAUACGACGAAUUGAAUUCACGAAUUGUUUACCGUUCGCCAAUAUUCCUUUUAGCUUGAAAUGUGAGUAGAAGAGCCAAUCUGGUCGUUCGAAACAGGAAGUUGUCAUAAAUAUCUUAAUGAAGGGGGAAAUUUGUACACACGGUAAUAAUUGUGCCAGAAAAGCUCUUAUUCUAAACUUUUAUUCACAAAACAAGUAACACGACGAAUUGAAUUCCCGAAUUGUUUACCGUUGGCCAAUAUUCCUUUUAGCUCGGAAUGUGAGUAGAACAGCCAAUCUGGUCGUUCUAAACAGGAAGUUGUAGCACUCGAUGAUGAUAGUAGCAGUAGUUGAAGUAAUUUAAAGUAGCACUGCCUGUUUAUACAGUGAAAAUGUCCGUUGAAGGGCAGUGGGAAACAAGCUCCCUAGAUAAAUGAUAAUUCAGGUAGUGUUUCUGACUAAACUGCUAAAUGACGAGCAAAAAAGGUAGAAACAAAACAACUGAGGUAAAACAAUCACAAUCUUAUAAUUUAUGCUAGACGAUCAAUAUUAGAGCAGUUUUAUCUAUAAUUAUACUUUCUCUUUUCCAUUGCGGAACAUUUUUCCAGUGUAAGAGCUCACAGGAUUGGUUGUAAAAACAAUAAUAAAUACAUAAAUACAUAAAUAAAGUAAACUUUGAUACCUUGGGUUAGCCCUAAACCAAUAAAAUUAAACAGGGGCACCCAACGACUGUUUUCUGUAAAAUAUCUGUUAGGAGAAGCAAAUAUUGCCUAGGACUUUCCUUUACUUGAGCACACCUAAAAAUUUCUCAGUCCAUGACUUUUCCAUUCAUGUACAAUUUUCGAAGCAUAUCUAAUAUAUAAAUUCCCUACGAUUUCCUGAAGUUUUCGGAUUGAAAAAUGCGAUGGAGUACGUCAAAGUCCAUCUAAAAUUUUCGGGAAAAUAAUAUUCGCGCCCUUGUAUUUCGAAAAGACUAAAGUUCCCCAAGGAUGACAGAACAGAUACAAAUUUUAUAGCGCCUCUUAGAAUGCACUAAAAAAAUUCUAAAAAAGCUAAAAAUAUACUCUGGAUAGCCUAAAAAGUGUUUUCAAUGUAUUUAGGAGAAAACUGUCGUUGGGCACCCCUGAUUAAAGGUUUUUUUUAAGAGCAGCGAUAAGUGUCCAGACACUUUACCAGGUAUAAAGGCCUUUGCAGAUAAUUUAUUUCAUACAUUCGUUGGACUGUCGCAUACAUUUUUUUUUCGUCACAGAAUGUAAUUUGCUUUUCACUGGCGAGACAGCGGACAGUACCUUAACUUUUAUUCCUUCAACCGGUGUUACUAAAAAAACCAUCAACAUACCUGUUAACAACUCAUGUAGCUUUUACUUUGGGGAGACACUCUAUGCACAUUACAUUGGUUGCGACGGAGCCUGGAGGGAGAUCCCAGCAAACAGUGUAAAUGAGAGUUUAGAGAUCACUCCUGGUUGGAACAAAAACCAGCUUCAAUUCAAGGUAUUAGUAUUGGUAGUCGCAUGACACUGCAGCUUUUAGUUGGGAUUAAUGAUAAUGCAUUGGGACAUCUUACUGUAGAUGUGGAGAGUUUUCACAUGACGUCACACCCACGCCAUAUUGGUGUAGUAAAGUAAUAAACCAAUGGCCUUGUUCUUUUUCCAAACCAAUAUUAUGGGAUUGAAACUGUUAUUUUUAUGUUAAAACUUUCCUUUUUUCCAAUGAAUUGGCAUAGCUGCUGCUGACCACGUGAGUGAAAUCACUCUAUACAGUUGCAACGCCAUACAACCAACUCCUUAUCAACACCUUUAAUUUAUUUCCUGUGCCAAUAAUAGACAAAUCAUUUCAUUAUUCCAAAGUAUCGUUCAAGAACACGAUAACCCAGUUACCAUGAUUGAAGGGAAGUUACAUCUUUUAUAUGCAGCGGUUUGAUUGCUCAUUUUAGAAAGGCUAGUAGCCGAACACCUUAAAAGGAGCAAAUUCCAAAGCCAAAAAGGACGUACACCUUUAGUUGUUUAAUAAAAUUGAAAAUCCACAGAAAACCUUGCACUUUUUUAUUUGCUGUACAAUUAUAGAAAAUAUUCUAUUGUUUUACCUUACUAGACGAGAGAUACAGCUUCAUCUUUUCUUGGCAAGAACCGGGGUCGGAUCUUCAGAGUCGCAGUGCAAUGUCGCCAACAACGUGAAAACCGUGACGUUGUCGCCAGUAGCACCUGUGUCAUGUUCAAGGUUGAAGGCAGAAUACAGUGUAAGACCUUUAAUAAAUAUUCAUGAAUAUACAUGUUGUAAAUAUGGAAAAAAAAUUGAAAAUUCAUAGUAAACUGAAUGGAAAGAAAAAUAAUCCCUUAAAGGGCAACAAAAUGUCUCAAAAAUGUCGGGUUGUUUAAAGAUAAACUCAUCUGCGAAUUAAUUUGAUUUGGAUCUACUUAUGCCCAUUAUGUAUAUAUUAAUUAAGUCUUUAAAAAAGCUGGCAAGACUUUUCGGGAACUAUAUUUAUUAAAUACCUUGUCCUUGAUACUAUUUCAAGACAGCCGAAGGUGUUUGAUAUUCAUUUUCACUAAAGUGUGCCUAUGGACAAGAAUCUUUGCAACAAUAAUCACCGUGUUAAACUGAAUCGCCAGCUUUUCUUCUACCCAGUAAUGAACCAUUACCAAAGCAAAAAACUAGAGAUAAAGUUCCGGCACAGUACAUCACAUCACAGUACAAGACCUAAUAGGCCAUUUGCACAAUGACGUCAAUUUACUACAACAACUAGAAUGCUUCACUGUCUUGCUUUCUCGUGCAAACUAGAGGUUUCGUUGUCUUAAUUCUGGUUGGGAUUGCCAGACUUAAAGUGGAAGGAAAAGGGAAAUGGAUUCUGGCAGUAGGACAAAGACACCAUCGUGCAAAUGGCCGGCUUAUUGAUACUGUAAGCUACAAAAUGAAUUCAGAGGGUGUUUUAAACUUAACUUUCUAUAAAUAAACCUUUUAGGUCCAAUUCCUCAAAAGACUCCGUUAAACCAAUCCGCAACUUUACCACCUCCAACUAUGGAAAUAUCCAGCACCACAGACCUCCCACCUGGUCCAACAACCGCUCAGGCAGAAAAUAUAACGACAGGCAUACCAGCUGUAGUCACAAAUACGUCAAGUAAUGUAAAAUAAUUAUUUAAAUGCCUUCUAUAACGGUGGCAAGAUUUUUCUUUUGGGGGGGAGGAGAUGAUACUUAGCCCUUGAUGCUGUUUGAAGCAUAAAUCAGUCUCUCUCUUCAUUUUAAGAUAACCGACGGGGGGUGUUUACUUUUAGCUGACCUUAUUACAACAGCUCCGCUAAAUUGUUUAGUGCUAUUUACAAAAUAAAUCGAGGGGUGUUUUAAACUUAAUUUUCUAUUAACUUAUAUACAUAUGCUUAUAUCUUAGGCCCAAUUCCAAAACAGAAUUCGUCAAACCAAUCCGUAACUUCUGGACCUGAAACUGUGAAAAUAACCAGCAUCACAGGCCUUCCACCUCGUUUAGCAUCCAAUAAGGCAAACAGCAUAAAGACAGACACACCAGCUAAAGUCACAGCUGAGGUUUGUCUUGUAUCUUGUCUUACGAGCUUCAGAAAAGGUGUAUGUUCUCAAAGUUCCCAUGAAAUUUCCCUACCUGUCUGCCGGAUAUACUUACCCCACCUAAAAAAGAUGGUGUUGAAACGAUUCAAGAAAAAGUACGGGUGAGUAAGUUAGUGGCCAUGAGCAAAGGUUACUGUCAAAAUACAGAAAUAAUCGGAGUUCCUAGCGUUAAAGCCAAUCUUCGAAGCAAAGCAAUGAAAAUUUGAGUUAAUUAUAUUGUGGGUAUAUUGGUUUGGAAAGAUAACCCAGCAUGGUGGGGUAACUGUGCGUUGACUGCGAUUCCGCCAUAUCACACCAACCCCGCAAUAACGAAAACAUUUUUUGUAGCCGACAAAAAGUCAAUUUUUUUCUGUCGAAACAAAGUAAUUAAAUAACUAUUUGACUGAUAAAUGAAUUAAUUGAAUUAUUUGUUUAUUUUUUUUCUUUUGGUUUUUAAUGUGUUUUGUGUCUUUACAGGUUACCACUUCCAAAAUGGAGACUCCGGGAGAAGAUAGAACACAGCAAGGUCAGCUUUACAGCUCCUCAACUUAUUAAUCUGUUUGCGUCUAGUUUGUAAGCUUGUCAGUAUGUCAGUCUAGUGAAAAGUCGGCCUUUAAACCAGUCUUCUAGUUAGCUUGUGCAACUGUUCGCCUGUUAUUUUAACACCCAAUCAGCUCCGUCGGCAAUCUGCCAAUUUGUCAGCCUCCGUCCUUCUGACAGCCUUUCAGUCUGUCAGCCUGACCACUUGCCAGAUUGGUAGCCUGUCAGACAGCCCGUCUUUCACUUUUAUAUUCUGUAAACUUAUCAGCAUGUCAUUUUGUCAAAGACAAACUGACAUGCUUGCUAAUUUGCUUGACAUGCUUGUCGUUUUGUCAGCCUGUUGAAAUUUUAGCCGAUCACUGAGCUAGCCUGUCUGAUCGUUAGCUUGUGCGACUCUUCGCCUGUCAUUUUGUCAGCCAAACAACUCUGUCAAUUUGUCAGCCUGUAUUCCUGACAAUCUUUCAACCUGUCAGCCUGACCGCUUGCCAGAUUGUCAGACUGUCAGGCAGCCCGUCUUUCACUCUGACAGUCUGUCACCUUGUCAGCCCGGCAGUUUGUCCGCCAAUCAGCUUCUCAGCCUGCCAACUUGUCAGUCUGUCAGCUCCGUAAUCUGAUGAAGGGCCAGCGCUCCAAACGUUUGCUUUUCAUUCUUUUCACAUUCCUAUUAACUCAGUUGAUAACGGUUUAAUUUAGAUUUAGUAGGCCAAUGUGCCUGCUUUGUUAUGGGUUAAUACUUUUCCAUACGAUUAAUACGCCAUCUUUCCUAAAAUGUUGUCUCCUAUGAUUAACAGGUUAAAGUACUGGACCUUGCGUUGAGUAAUUCAGCUUUUGUAGUAUCCAUCAUCAUCAGUAAGACGAUCCUAGUAAACGAGCUCAUAGUGUCUUUCGACGUAGAGUCGAUGUUGCUCUACUGGCCGCUCUGGAGAACGACCGCAGCCUUGCAGAGAGACGAUGUAUCCCUGCUCAGAUUGCUGUUCUCCUGACUUUCCUAUCAAGAUCAAUAUACUUCAGGCUAACGGAGCAAUUUAUGAAAAACUAG